GGGCCCUUCUGAGGUCUGAGCGAGCGGGCGGGCGGGCGGUUCAGCCGGGCCGAGUGCCCGUUUGCCCCGCCCCGCUGUCUUCGCCUUCGUGGCCUCCGCUUCUUGGUCCUCCCCACCUUUAGUGAAACCAACGAGAGGACUCCGCCUGCAGCUAGAGCAGCCUGACUGGGAGCGUUACCAAGUGGCGCGCGGACCUGAGAGGAAAGCUGUGCGCGGCUGCGCUUUCCCACCCCUGAGGCGUUGUAGACACCGGAAAAAUGCUUUCUGAAAGCAGUUCAUUUUUGAAGGGUAUGAUGCUCGGAAGCAUUUUCUGUGCCUUGAUCACUAUGCUAGGCCACGUUAGGAUUGGUCAUGAAAAUAGAAUGCACCACCAUGAGCAUCAUCACCUACAAGCUCCUAACAAAGAAGAUAUCUUGAAAAUUUCAGAUGAUGAACGCAUGGAGCUCAGUAAGAGCUUUCGGGUGUACUGUAUCAUCCUUGUAAAACCCAAAGAUGUGAGUCUUUGGGCUGCAGUGAAGGAGACUUGGACCAAACACUGUGACAAAGCAGAGUUCUUCAGUUCUGAAAAUGUUAAAGUGUUUGAAUCAAUUAAUAUGGAAACAGAUGACAUGUGGAUAAUGAUGAGAAAAGCUUACGAAUAUGCUUUUGAUAAAUAUAAAGACCAAUACAACUGGUUCUUCCUUGCACGCCCCACUACGUUUGCCAUUAUUGAAAACUUAAAGUAUUUUUUGUUAAAAAAGGAUCCAUCACAGCCCUUCUACCUAGGCCACACUAUAAAAUCUGGAGACCUUGAAUAUGUGAGUGUGGAAGGAGGAAUUGUCUUAAGCAUAGGAUCCAUGAAAAGACUAAACAGCCUUCUCGGUAUCCCUGAGAAGUGUCCUGAACAGGGAGGGAUGAUUUGGAAGCUAUCUGAAGAUAAGCAGCUAGCAGUCUGCCUGAAAUAUGCUGGAGUGUUUGCAGAAAAUGCAGAAGAUUCUGAAGGAAAAGAUGUAUUUAAUACCAAAUCUGUUGGGCUUUUUAUUAAAGAGGCAAUGACUAAUCAACCCCAGCAGGUAGUAGAAGGCUGUUGUUCAGAUAUGGCUGUUACUUUUAAUGGACUGACCCCUAAUCAGAUGCAUGUGAUGAUGUAUGGGGUAUACCGUCUUAGGGCAUUUGGGCAUAUUUUCAAUGAUGCAUUGGUUUUCUUACCUCCAAAUGGUUCUGACAAUGACUGAGACCUGGAAUGAGCAUAUGUACACUGUAUAGGACAUGAGUUGUCAUUAUUUGUGGUAACAACUACAUAUCCAACACAGUGGUAUGUCUCUUCUUUUCCUCUUUCUGUUUAAGUUUUUUUUUUUUUUUUUUUUGGUGACACUGGUAUAAUUACACAUUAAAAUUUAGUAGUACAUUUUUAAAUGGGGUGGUAUUGUUCUCCUCAAAAAUACAAAUGUGUUGGAAAGAAAUGUUUUAAGAGUAGUAAUUUUGCAGGUAAAGGGUAUAGUUGUAAACACUGUAUGUGGUAAAUUCUAAAUUAUGAAUAUUAAAAAAUCUAGUGUGGUGCAUAUUUUUGCUGAUUGGUUAAAAAAAAUUAAAUGUCUUUUCUAGGCUUCUAAGAUAUGUAGAUGAAUCUCUAGUUGUGAAUUUGCGAUUAAAGUAAAACUUCAGCUGUGUUA